AUGCAGAAUUUCUUCAACGCACGAUUCUACGAAGCACUCAGCUUUCGCAGCGCACCUUCGCUCACUACAGGCUCAGGACCAGAUACAGUAGGCCAUGCGUCUAUCAUCUUUAGCGUCAUCGCAAUGGGUUCCAAGGUGACCAUCGACUUCGAGAUCAUCGGCGAGCAGAUCGUCUCCUCCAUCAAGAAGUCCAUCGAACAGGCCAGCGAGAAGCCCGUCACCACUUCGGAGAGCAGCACAGAGGUUGAGCGUCCUCCGAAUUUUGCAUUCGAAUUAUACGAUAUCCGCCAGCAGAUCGCCAGUGACCAACUCGCGCAUACUUAUCCGCUUAUGAUGACAUCUACCCAUCCUCCACCGGCCAUGCACGUCGCUGUCCGCGGAACCACCACCUUCAUAGCAUUCGUCCUCUACGAGGUUGCAACUAAACACCGUCACUUUGUGAUGCUCGAAAGCGACCCCGUCGCCUCUGUUGAGACUGCUCUCCAGAAGCUUCUCGAGAUGACCAUGAUCUUACUCGACCAAAAGGAAUUCGUUCGUAAUGGGGAUGCACAGACCACGAAGAUGGAGGGACAAGGCCGCUGCUACUCACUCAAGAAGUGCGCGCCCAGGGGUUUUGACAAGGCGGGCGAGGAUGGCGUGGACAUCCUCCAUUCUCAUCCAAACGUCUCUGGCAUUUACCACCGUCUCCUCUCAAAGCCCAUCAUCACGCCUGCCACAACACUCACCAAUUCAACUACCUCAUCAUCAAGCGACCUGUUCUCCUCAAGUAUAUUCCGUAGCUGGUCGAUUAUAGCAGCCCAAUCGAGCCCCCGCUGGUGUCUCAACAUGUUCUUCACCAAAACCCAGCCCAAAAUUGAUGAGGUGUUCGACAUCCGCGAGCAGAUCUUCGAACGGAAGGCACCACAUGAAGUGGACAGUGCGUGCUACAAUGCCGGGAUUCAUCAGGUUCACCACCACUUCGCCGGCUUUGAACGCGUGAGCUGGGAAGACAGGUUCAAGCAGCAUGAGGACUUCGUCGCCAAACGUCGAGGGAGGGACGAGGAUGUACUUCUCAAGUAUCAUCUGCAAGGGCAUUGGCUGAUCAAAGGAGACGACAUUGGAGAAGAUCUACGCCUGCCCAUGAACUGCAUGGGCAUGGGUUCGAAGGCCGAGGGGUCGUUCGACUGGGACGUUCUCGAGGGCGUGAUGCAUUUCGCCAGAAAUCUUGAUGCGCUUCCGCACAACUUCCUCAUAACAGACCCCGAAGAGGAUGAAGCGGAUGAGGUCGAUGAUGAGGAUUUCGAUGAUGAGGAUUCGCUCGAGGAUGAGGUGAAUGAGCUACGAAGCCAAGUCUCGACCUUGCAGGGCCGGCUGGCCUCUACAGAGAAGAAGCUGGAAUUCCUGACCGACGCUAUGUUGACGCAAGACGACUUCAACAGUGUGAAGAAAGCAGUCGAAGAUAUGCUUGAUUCGAAUGAUUCCGGAUCCAGUCCCAACACGCACGACACCACCCUCGACGCCUCUACUUCCUAUGGCGCGGCCAGCGAGACCGGCGAGGGCGAGAUCCAGCUGGACCGUAAUCGGAGCCAGCAAGGGUACAUCGACUUCGAAGACGGCAACUGGAACGUCUUCCACGGACUGUUCCAGGGGUCGUUCCUGGGAAAGGACGUCAAGUUCAGAGGCUACCAGAUCUCUGACGAUGGAGGACCGCCCGGUAGCUCGAGAUCGUGGGAGGCCUACUCCGAGGAGGCGCAUGAGAAGGAGAGGGUCGGGCGAUGGCGAUAG